GGAAAAAAUAGACUAUUUGGAGUUAUGAGGGGUGCCAAGAUAAUCUAGAGUUACCAAAGAUUAAACAUUAAAUGGCUGAAAACAAGCAAAAUAAUCAUACCAUGGGCACUCUAUGAUGAGUAAUUGCUGGUAUAUUUGCUAGUCGCCAAAGUUAGCUAUAGCUUCAGAGAUUAAUCGAACAAGCUAAUAAAAAAACUCUUUAAUUUCGAUUUAUUUUCUUAUAACUGUGUAGAAAGCUAAUGUAUCUAGCUGCCAUCUAAUGUAAUAAAAACACUAGUUAACAUAGGUUUUACACAACGGACUGGUUUGACCAAACAGUCGUUAACAUCACAUUACAGCCGAAUCUGUAUUGUAUGUUUUGAUUUUUGGUGAAGCAGAGACGACGCCCGACGUUAGCUUAGCGAUAUUAGCUUAGCCAGCAGCAGCCGCCAUUACCAGCUGAGGUUGGCUAGCAGCUAUUAACGCUACUGGAGGUCUGGAGAUGCACAGAUAUCAUCCCAGGGGCUGAAUUUGAUCGCUUUUGUCUUUUUGCUGUGCUUUAUGAUUGACACGUUCUGCCAUACUGAUCACAGAACGACCAAAAAUCAGUUUACACCGUAAAAGUAGUGGGUAGCUUUACCGCAAGCUAACAGGCAGCUUGUGGCUUACAGUGUCCCCAUCCUGUUUCUAGGAAUGCUGAGCGAGCUCAGCAUUGUAAACCCUGGUGUGAUGCAUUCAGUGACUCAGGAGAUCCAGGGAUUCUCCAGAAACUGUCUGAAAAAACAGGUCACACGUGUUACCACGGUGACGGGCAGGCAUCUGCUGGAGAGGAGGAGUGAUGGAGGAGAGGUGGAGCAGAUUGAAGAGCUGGACCAGGGAAGUGGAUGUGGAUUUGUAGAGGAUAAAAGUCUGGACCUUCACGUCGGUGUUGUCAGACCCUUUCUACUCCUGGCCUCUCAGGAUGCAGCCCACGACAUUGACACCCUGCAAAGAUAUAAGGUGUCUCAUGUGCUAAAUGUGGCCUAUGGAGUCAGCAACCUUUUUUCAGAUCAGCUGGUGUAUAAGACGCUCCAGAUCCUGGACCUCCCAGACACCAACAUCACUUCAUACCUCGAGGAGUGCAGCGCUUUCAUAGAUCAGGCUCGAGAACAGGAGGGUGUGGUGCUUGUCCACUGUAACGCCGGCGUGUCACGUUCUUCUUCUAUCGUGAUUGGCUACCUAAUGUUGAGGGAGGGGCUGUCAUUUGAUGAUGCAUACAGCCAGGUGAAGCUGGCAAGACCCUCAGUUCGCCCCAACGCCGGCUUCUAUCAGCAGCUACAGAGCUACCAACCAUAGGGCACUACACAUCCACUUUUACUUAUAAAAUAUGUGGUAAAGGACAAUAACACUAUACUCCCAGUAGACCUCCAACCCAUGAACAUCUUAGAUUGGCUCUUUGUCAUCUGGUAAAAUAUGUCUUCAAAAAUAUUCUUUUUCAUGGUUUGAUUUUUGUUGUGGAGAUCGUAUGUUUGACGUUCUUGGUUUUGGAGGCACUUCUUUUCUUUGCAGUAUUGAUAGUUAUCUAUUUAAAGACAGCAGUGAUCCUGAGGUUUAACUUUUUAGUUUUGUUUUUUUACAAAUAUACAGACAGGUACAGCAUCAUUUAUACCCACUGCCCUCACUCUCCAGAGUUGCUAACCUCGCUCCUUUUUAAAGUAUUGCUUGUAACUGGCGUGUUAGACAACGAGGGAGAAUCCAGCCGACUCACAUGCUAAUCAACAAAUAGCACUCCUGUGUUACCAACUAAACAAGAGACCACUGAGCUGUCAGUGUUAUUUUUAUUCCUAUAUUUUGCAUGCUAACAGAUUACCUUUUUAAAAGUAAUUUAUUAUAUAACAUAUAAUACCUUUAAACACUUGUGCUCUCAGUAGAUCUUGUUUGUGCCCUUUGUGUCAGUUGCAGACUACUGUCACACAGGGGAAGCAUACAGAUGGAGGCUGGUUCUGUGCCAGAAACUUGAAUGAGGAGAUAAGUUCUGCCAAAUUGGUUGCAAUUCCUACUGGUCCUAUAAAGGUCAUAGAUUAUUUAACACCCCUUUAAAGCCAUGGACUGAUUACAAAGAACAGGUCUUUGUCACUGUUAUUAACUGAAUAUUUGGGGUUAAAGGCUUAGUUUUUCCAAGUAAAUGCACACUACUGUCCAGUAAAUACAUUUAUAGCUCUGCUUGUUAUAGUCUUAAGUCUUGAAAAACAGGCAAAUUAAGUAUUGAACCAGUGUCUGACGAAUGGCAACAGUGCCAAUAUGCAGUCUGUGACAGCACUCGGGUGUAGGGGAGUUUGGCCUUUUCUUUGGUCUUGUUCAAUGGAGUAUCUACUAUGAAGCCAACUGGGCCUCCCCUGACAUUUUUGUGACAUUUUACUGUCUGGGUGUGACGGCCCGCUGUAUGGCACAAGCUGUCCCAUCUGCAGGGUCUCAUGGGGUCCAACCACCAUCUCAGUUUGUGCAGACCUGAGUAUAAGAAUGUUAACAAACGGGGAGAGCUGGGUUACAUACAGGAGCAAGUGAAUAAUUUCCCCCUAAAGCAGAACAAUGUUAUCAGGCCUGACUGUUUCAUUGC